AUGUCAAUCGCAACAUCCAUCAAAUCCCCCCUUGCGCUCUUCACGCACGUCAUCGUCUACGGCCUCUGGAUCCUCUCCAUCAUCCAAAUCACAAAGUACAAGGACAUGUACGGCCAGGGCGUACACAUGUACGUCCCCGUUGUCGUGGCCAUCUGCACCAUGGCCUCCCUCCAAGUCGUCUACCACGUCAUCUACUGGAUCUCCAACAGCCGUCCCCUCUUCUCUGUCGGCAAGAUGAUGGUCAGCAUGGUCUUCUUCGCUUUCUACGCGUUCGGUACCGCGGUCGCACUCACCGUCCAGCGCCAUGACUUUUGCCCAACCCCGCCAGUCGGGUACUACCCCACUGGCGCACAGUACGGCGUCAGUGACUGCCAAGGCGUUAUUCGCGGUAUGAUGGGUCUCACUUGGGCUGUGUUCAUUUGCGACCUCCUGUAUAUCGGUUACCUCGUCACUUUGUCCCGUUACGGAAUGGCGACCCCGGUUGGGAAGGCAGGCGAGAUCGUCGUCAACCCCGACGAGGAGAAGGCCCCGGUGCACUAG